AUGGGCGCCGAUGGUGGAUCAAUCCCCGAUCGAAGGGAUUUAGUGAGGACCAAAGCUACAGCCGAAAGAACCGAUAGAUCACUAUUGAGAGAGUUGUACGUCCUCUGUGCUUUGAGCAAGAAACCACUCAGUAAACCAGUCGUACUCGAUCCAUUGGGAAAACUGUACAAUAAAGAUGCGGUAUUGGAGUAUUUCCUGGACAAAUCAAAAUAUGGUGACGGUGAACAGAUAUGUGGUCAUCUGAAAAGCUUAAAGGACCUACUCACACUGAAUUUAACCUCAAAUCCAGAUUACACUCCUCCAUUAGCAACUUCAAAUUCCCAAUUACCGAAUAGAGCACCAUUUGUUUGUCCAUUAACUUUGAGGGAAAUGUCAGGAAUCAUACCUUUUAUAGCGUUGAGAUCAUGUGGAUGCGUGUUUUCAGAUAACGCCAUAAGAGGUAUAAUACCUAAUUUAACAAAAGACGUGAGAUCAACCGUAAAUUCAAGUUCGAAGAAUACAGCGGUAGAUGGUGUAGAACAAAAGAAAGAAGUGGCUUGUCCAAAUUGUGGUAAAAGUUUUGAUCCUACUUUGCCCACUUCGAUAAUACCCAUCAAUCCACCAAAAGAAAUUCAAGAUACAUUACUUGAAAAUCUGCUAUUAAUUAGAGCUUCAAGCAAAUCUUCCAAGAAACGUAAAAACAUCGACAAAUCAGUAGAUGGCAAUUCAAUCACUACAAGUGAACCAGUAACCAAAUCAGCUAAAACGUCUGCUAAUACUACUACUAUUCCUGCCUCGAAGAAUGGUUUGGCAAGUAAUGGAAACGGAAAUGGCAACGGUCCUAACGUAGCUAGAUCUGUCCAAGAGAAACUUGCUGAACAAGAGAAGAAAAGAUUGAAGGCGCAAGAAGGCAUGAGUGAAGCUGUUAAAGCUAUGUUCGCACCUAAGGAAGGGAAAAGAAAUGGUGUGGACGAGUUCUUCGGAAGGACAUUCACCAGGUAUGCCGCCUAA